AUGGAAUUGACGCAAGAGCAAAUUGAUGAAUUCCGUGAGGCGGGUGUCGGUAAAGUUGAGGUUUUAGAUGCAGACGAUGCAGAAGAGAUCCGUUUCCUGCGGAAUACGCUCACGCGCGAUCUCCAAUCAGAUUACAAUCUGCCGUCGAGUUUUCAAGUGUCGUCUGACCUCCAAAGCGAUUUGACGGAUGGUGCGCCAGUAUCAGAUGCAUGGCACCAACAGUUUAAGGACAAUGGUACUUCUCUAUCCUCCUCCGCGAGCGUGCAAGCAUUGGCAGAGGGACGAUAUCGUAUAUCCAACAAAAACAGUAGAGAUAACUUCACCAUUGAGAAAGCAGGGGAUACCCUCAACGUUUAUCGUGGUAGUAUCCAAGACCUUGCAGUAGUUGAGAUAUUUCGUAAGAUGCAACCGGGUGAUCCGCCUACAAUCGAGAGUGCACACAACCGAUUUGAGAAGCUAUUUUUCGAUCCGGUGCGUUACGAUCUCGCAGAGGUAGGACGGUACAAACUCAAUGGAAAAUUGGGUAAUCUCUCCCUGUAUCGGAAGGAAGACGAGGUAGUAGAUGAGCAGGUUCGCGUGCUGCGUGCAGCAGACAUCGCCGCGGUUCUCCAAUACCUGCUACAAGUACAGAACGGAGAAGGGGAGAUGGACGAUAUCGAUCACCUCGGUAAUCGUCGAGUUCGAGCUGUCGGCGAACUGUUGCAGAAUCAGGUGCGGAUGGGGAUGUUGCGAGUGACUCGCGCAACUCGAGAGCGAUUGACGGUUCAAGACUUGGAGAAUGUAACCCCUGCCGACCUGAUUAACCCUAAACCGUUGACCGCUGCAAUUAAAGACUUCUUCGGUUCAAGCCAACUGUCCCAAUUCAUGCAGCAAGCCAAUCCGCUAGACGAAUUAACCCAUAAACGUCGCUUGAGUGCGUUGGGACCUGGCGGACUACAUCGGGAACGUGCGACUUUGAGGUGCGAGAUGUUCAUCGAACUCACUACGGACGCGUCUGUCCAAUUGAGACACCUGAAGGUCCAUCGGUCGGGCUAA